GGGGCCGCGUGCCGCAGUGGGCCCGGCGGAGCGGCACGGCCCGGCCCCGGCAGCGCAGCCAUGGCCGCGGGGCCCCCCGGCAGCCUCCCGCUGCUGCUCCUGCUGCUCUCGCCGCUCUGCCUGCGCGGCCGCGGGCAGGGCUUCGGGCAGACGCGCUUCAUCUGCACCUCGGUGCCGCUGGACGGGGACAUGUGCGCCGCCUCGGCGCUGGGCGCCGGCUCCGCCGAGGAGCUGAAGAGCACCGUGCUGCAGCUGCGGGAGACGGUGCUGCAGCAGAAGGAGACCAUCAUGAACCAGAAGGAGACCAUCCGCGAGCUGACGGCCAAGUUGGGCCGCUGCGAGAGCCAGAGCGUGCUGGAGCCGCCCGGCGAGCCCAAGGGCGGCGGCAGAAAGCCCGGCUUCUCCAAGAACACCAUGGGCGACCUGUCGCGGGCCCCUGCGGCCGAGACCCUCAGCCAGCUGGGGCAGACGCUGCAGUCCCUGAAGACGCGGCUGGAGAACCUGGAGCACUUCAGCAGGAUGAACUCCUCCGGGCAGAGCAGCAACCUGAAGGACAUCCUGCAGAGCAAGAUCGACGACCUGGAGAAGCAGGUGCUGUCGCGGGUGAACAGCCUGGAGGAGGGCAAGUUCAGCCCCCGCAACGAGUCCGAGGAGCGCGGCAAGAUCGAGAGCACCCUCACCUCGCUGCACCAGCGCAUCAGCGACCUGGAGAAAGGCCAGAAGGACAACCGGCCCCCAGACAGGUUCCAGCUCACCUUCCCGCUGCGCACCAACUACAUGUACGCCAAGGUGAAGAAGAGCCUGCCAGAGAUGUACGCCUUCAGCGUCUGCAUGUGGAUGAAGUCCAACGCCUCACCUGGCAUGGGCACCCCCUUUUCCUAUGCUGUGCCUGGGCAGGCUAAUGAGCUGGUGCUCAUUGAGUGGGGCAACAACCCCAUGGAGAUCCUCAUCAAUGACAAGGUGGCCAAACUGCCCUUUGUCAUCAAUGAUGGCAAGUGGCACCACAUCUGUGUCACCUGGACCACGCGGGAUGGCGUGUGGGAAGCCUUCCAGGAUGGCACGCAGACCGGCAGCGGUGAGAACCUGGCACCCUACCACCCCAUCAAGCCCCAGGGGGUCCUGGUCCUGGGCCAGGAGCAGGACACACUGGGUGGCGGGUUUGAUGCCACACAAGCCUUCGUGGGGGAGCUGGCCCACUUCAACGUGUGGGACAGGAAGCUGAGCCCCGGCGAGGUGUACAGCCUGGCCACCUGCAGCACCAAGGCGCUCACGGGCAACGUCAUCGCGUGGGCCGAGGCCAACAUCGACAUCUACGGCGGGGCCACCAAGUGGACUUUCGAGGCUUGUCGCCAGCUCAACUAGGGCCAUGGACAAGCGAAAGAAACCUCCUCAUUGGGUUCUUUUAUUUCUUUGGUUUUGGGUUGUGUCGUCGUUGUCCCAUCCCCCCCCCCCCCCCUUCCUUUUUUUUGUUUGUUUGCGCAAAAACGCAGAGAACGAAGCCACCCAUCUUGUCCCGAGGUGUAGGGAUGUCCCAGCAGCGGGGCCGCCCGCCCCCGGAGCCCCACGACCCUCCGGUUUCUGUCUUGCCAAUGUCCUUCAACGCCUGCGUGCCUUGGCCUGGCGCGGCUGCGCUCCCUCUCACCGCUCCUCCAGCCCGGCCCCUGCUUUGCCGCCUUCCCCCCCACCCCCGGGGCAGCCCCACAUUCCCUGGGCACUGGCACCUUAAAAGGCUGCAGGGUCUGGACCGGAGGCCCCCAGGGCUCUUUUCCCCCCAGCCUGAAGCCCCUCCUCCCCGCGCCCCACCCACCCACACACACA